CAUGAAUCUCAACGACCUACGUUCUUCUCCCUCUUCAAUCCUACAAUCCCAAACCAUCACUCUUCUGUCUUGUAAAACCAUCGUCACCAUGCCCUCAUCCCAUCGCCGUUUCACAUUCCUUGGUCGGCGUCAUUAUGGUCCCAAUUUCAAGAUUGUUCGAAAUUCGAUCCAAGAAAAAGAAAUCAAGUUCUUGGAAGCAGACAAAGCGGAACUCCUGAUGGCUACCUGUAUUACGCGUACAUUGCCUCCAGCAUUGACUCUGGAUUUGGGGCUCGAAAAUAUUAAAGAUGCCGUUGAGGAAUUGAAGUUGAAACCUCGUUGUUCUAAAGCUGGAAUCUACAGAUUUCAGAUUGCUGUAUCUCCUGGUUCAAGAGCUUUGAGUUGGUUUUGCAGUCAAGAUCCAUCACUAGGAGUAUUUCCUCAGUUUUUUGUUUCUACGGGUGUUGAGAAGCCAACGACCAAGUAUCUGUCAUUUAGUAGAACUCGUGGAACUUUUGGAAUUGGUGCUGCAGUUUACAUUAAGAGUCCUUUCUGCUCUGCCUCAACAGAGCAGAUCCCUUUCAGAAGGUUAAUGUGUUUCAUUCCAUGUUUGUAAUUUCCGUUCUGUUGAUAUUAGUGGUUUUUGUAUUUAAAGGUCUCAGGAAAUUAUUUGUUGAAUGUAUCUUGCAGAAUCUAACCAUUCCAUUCUUUACUAAUCAUUUGUAGCAACUUUCCUUUU